GCGUUGAUGCCCUCCCUCCUGUUGUGAUGCUUUACAACUUCAUUCUUGCGCGUGUUACGAGUCCUUCUCUUGAUCUUUGCGUUACUCACUUCUCUGUUGUUGUAGCGCUGACCGGAGUGAUCUUCAGCUGAAGCAAUGGGCUCUGAGGCUGUGAAUCCGAAAGCUUACCCGCUCGCGGACGCGCAGCUGACGAUCACGAUCACUGAUAUCGUGCAGCAGGCUGCGAAUUACAAGCAGCUGAAGAAGGGAGCUAAUGAGGCCACCAAGACGUUGAACCGUGGCAUUGCGGAGUUUGUGGUGAUGGCGGCGGACACGGAGCCUCUGGAGAUUUUGUUGCACUUGCCUUUGCUGGCGGAGGACAAGAACGUGCCGUAUGUGUUCGUGCCGUCUAAGCAGGCGCUGGGGAGGGCGUGCGGCGUGUCUCGGCCGGUGAUCGCGUGCUCCGUGACGACGAACGAGGGGAGCCAGCUGAAGUCGCAGAUUCAGCAGCUGAAGGACGCGAUUGAGAAGUUGCUGAUCUGAGGUGGAGGAGACGAGUGGAAGCACCGGAGAGAGACCACAGCCGGAUAGAGACUUGAGUCUAUGAUGCCUGGACUGUAGUGGCCGUUUUCGCGGGAAGACGGAGUUCGCUAUUUUUCGUGUGGAUAUCUUCGGUUGUUUCGAUGGGGUGGCUCUACUGCCAUAAACGUGGUGUCUGUGAGGUGGUAGGUCUUAGAGGUGGAGUCAAAGCUCUAGUUAGUUGGAGGAGUAGGAAAGAACUAGUUGGUUAUGAGUGCUUUUGUAGACGAAGAAAUGAUGCACACAGGAAGAUUGUGAUAGCGUGGAUUGUCUAUGCGAUGGCCGUCUGGAUGUUGUCUGUAAGAAACAUUUGUAAGUUGUGGUAUGACUUCCUGACCCGAAUAACUGUAUAUUUGUGUUUCAAUUUACAUGAUCUUUGCAGUUGCGCUCCCUGUUUCCCUUUUGGGACA